UCCUCUUGUAGAACCUUUUACACCUUGGAGGCCUCGCUAAAUUCUUUGCCAAGCAGAUAAGAAGGGAACCUCUCUACUCAUUGCUACAUUCGGUAUGCCCUUCAAUUAGAUCUUCUCGAAGGGUUUGAAUAUGAUCCUAAAUGGAUGCUUCUUGAGUUCUGGGGGUAUUUGUAAACCUUACAAGGCAUGUAGCUCCAAGUCCUAUCGAUCUGCAUCAUCAUGCGCCCCUCAACUGCCUAAAAAGGUUAUAGUCACUUGUGCUAGAUGUUCACCGGCAUGUCAUCAGUAUCCAACAUCCUGCUCUAAAGGAUUCAGCUUGCUUGAUCUUUCUUCUGCAUCAUCAGUUCUUUUAAGUGGUGAAUAUGGUGGUUUUUCGAGUGUUAUACCCCAGUUACCAAUGCGAAGCCAGUUGUCCUUUGCCCCUAGAGCAUCAAAGGAUAUCCCCUACAGUUACAGAUACCCUCCGAUGACCAAAAAGCCAAUGUGGUGGUGGAGAACCUUAGCAUGCCUCCCCUACUUGAUGCCUCUUCACGAGACUUGGAUGUAUGCUGAGACAGCUUAUCAUCUCCACCCCUUCUUGGAAGAUUUUGAGUUUCUGACAUACCCGUUCCUGGGAGCUAUUGGGAGGUUACCGAGCUGGUUCUUAAUGGCAUACUUCUUUGUUGCUUAUCUUGGUAUAGUGAGGAGAAAGGAAUGGCCUCAUUUCUUCAGGUUUCAUGUGGUGAUGGGAAUGCUACUUGAGAUUUCCCUGCAGGUUGUUGGGACUAUAAGCCGUUGGAUGCCACUUGCAGUCUACUGGGGAAAGGUUGGCAUGCACUUUUGGACUGCUGUCUCAUUUGCCUAUCUGUUCACAGUUUUAGAGUCCAUAAGAUGCGCACUUGCUGGGAUGUAUGCUGACAUACCAUUUGUGUGUGAUGCAGCUUAUAUUCAAAUACCCUAUGAUUAAUGAAAGCCAACAUAUUAUGGUGUAAACUGUAAACAGAUGAUAUUAUGUUUCUUAUGCCUUUUUUGUACAACAUUGAGGCUGGGUGGAACUGAAUCUUGAACUUGCUAUCAUCACGGUCUCUCGGGGAUUGCCUUAUGGCCUGUGUAACGCUCACUUUAUGCAACUAUUGUUCUUCCCCUCCCAUUCUCCUAAUGUAUUGAUUAAGUUCAUUGGUUUUCA